AUGACACUUCAAUGGUUAGCAAUUAGUUUGCUUCUUAAAACUACCACUGCAUUUUUAGGGGGGAAAGAUAGUAUCAGCGGUGACGAUGACGAUGAAAAUUUACCACCGAGUAAUGGUAUUGGUGCACCAGGAGAUCAGACACCCAUUACAGAUCCAGAUGAUGGAGAAGCGAAUCCUAUAGCAGAAGAAAUAUUUUCGUCUUGGGCCCUAUUCAUUUUACUGUUUUUAUUAAUAUCUGCUCUAUGGUCAAGUUAUUAUUUAACUCAAAGGAAAAUCAGAGCAGUUCAUGAAACUGUUUUGUCUAUUUUUUAUGGGAUGGUCAUUGGAUUAAUUAUUAGAUUACUUCCCGGUCAUUAUAUUCAAGAUAGCGUUACCUUCAAUUCUUCUUAUUUCUUCAAUAUUUUGUUACCUCCUAUUAUUUUAAAUUCAGGCUACGAAUUGAAUCAACGAAAUUUCUUUAAUAAUAUAGGUUCAAUCUUAACCUUUGCUAUCCCAGGUACAUUAAUAUCUGCAAUAGUCUUGGGUAUAAUUUUAUUUAUUUGGACCUCUUUGGGACUAGAGAAUAUUCAUAUUUCCUUUGUUGACGCGCUAAGUGUCGGUGCAACAUUAUCAGCGACAGAUCCGGUUACAAUUUUAUCAAUUUUCAAUGCCUACAAGGUGGACCCCAAGUUAUAUACAAUUAUUUUUGGUGAAUCUUUAUUAAAUGAUGCUAUAUCUAUUGUUAUGUUUGAAACAUGUCAAAAAUUUCAUGAUAAACCAGCAAAGGCCUCAUCUUUUUUUGAGGGAUUAGGUUCUUUUCUAAUGACGUUUAGUGUCUCACUCCUAAUAGGUGUGCUUGUUGGUAUUCUAGUCGCCUUGCUUUUGAAACAUACCUACAUUAGAAGAUUCCCUCAAAUCGAAACCUGUAUAGUCUUGUUGGUCGCUUACGAGUCAUAUUUUUUUUCUAAUGGUUGUCACAUGAGUGGUAUUGUAUCUUUAUUAUUUUGUGGCAUUACCUUAAAACACUAUGCCUACUAUAAUAUGUCUAGAAGAACGCAGGUUGCUAUUAAAUAUAUUUUCCAACUUUUGGCUAGAUUGUCAGAAAAUUUUAUUUUCAUUUAUUUAGGCUUAGCUCUAUUUACAGAGGUUGAAUUAGUCUACAAACCCUUAUUAAUUAUUAUCACAGCUAUUUCUAUUUGUGUAUCUAGAUGGUGUGCGGUGUUUCCGCUUUCUCAUGCAGUUAAUUGGGUUCACAAACAAAGAGUUAAAAGAAAAGCUGUUUAUAAUAGCGGAUCAUCCUUAACUAGUUUUAAUCCAGAUGAAAUUCCUGAUGAAAUUCCUUACCAGUAUCAAAUGAUGACAUUUUGGGCAGGCUUAAGAGGUGCAGUUGGUGUAGCAUUAGCUAUGGGUAUGAAAGGUGAAUACAAAUUUACUUUAUUAGCCACAGUCUUGGUUGUUGUUGUUUUAACUGUUAUUGUUUUUGGUGGUACUACUGCUGGUAUGUUGGAAAUUUUAAAUAUUAAGACUGGAUGUGCAGAUGAAAACUCUGAAGAUUCUGACGAUGAAUUUGAUAUCGAAACUCCCAGAGUGGUUUCUUCUUUACCCUCAUAUACAGAUAAUCCAAAUAAUGGUAGCAGUAAUGAUAAUAAUAACAAUAUUAACAGAGGGGUUGAUAAUAGACAAAGUUUCAGGGAAACUGUUGGUUCAUUAUUUUCUAAUGAUCAAUGGUUUCAAAACUUUGAUGAGCAGGUGUUAAAACCUGUAUUUUUAGACCAGCCCACGGGCGGGAUGACCAAUUCUAUGUCUAGACAACAUUCACCAGCAAGACAACUAGCUGAUUUGAAUUUAAGUAACAGGAACGAAUAG